AUGAACAGAGAGAUCAACAAGUACACUGAUUCAAACUGUGAACAAGUUGUAGCUAUGAAUACACUCAAAGGAGCAUAUAUCAGACAGCUUGAUAAUGUCAACUUUCACAUAAAGAAGUGUGCUGAGCUGGAAUUAAAGCUGGAAUCACAAAGAAUCGAAACUGAAAGAGUCAACAAGAUCUAUCCGAUUGUGGAGGAACUGAAGACAUUUGAAGAAGCAAAGACUUUAGAAGAAAAGAAAUCUGUGACAGAAGACGAAGAUGAAGUGAAGAUUUCUAGUAAGAAACCAAGUGUGAUGUCACAGUUUGCUGUUUGGAUUUCCAGGAUGAAGACAUACAGGGCUAAGAAACUAGCCAAGAAGCAUGUAAAAGGGGACUAUGUUGAACAGUAUACACUGUUGCAGGAAUAUGCUAAUGAAUUGAUCCAAAAAAUCCAGGAAAUGUUGUGGAAGUGUGUUGACGCAACAAUAAUUCCAGAAUUUACACUUGCUAUGGAUGAAUUGAAGGCUUUCAACAAGAAAGCCCACGUGUGGUUGUCAAAGAUUCCACCAUUACAUUGGUCAAGGUCACACUUUUCAGGAAGGGUUAUUUCUGACAUACUUCUUAACAACAUGUGUGAGGUUUACAAUGGAAAGAUUGUGGAAGGAAAGGACAAGCCCAUCAUUUCUGCACUUGAAUACAUAAGGGAGUAUCUUAUGCGGAUGAUUGUGACUGUGUUGAAGUUGAUAGAGAAAAGUGAAGGGUUACUGACACCAAAAGCAACAGAAGUUUUGAUAGGAUCAAGCAGGAUACAACUCACUACCAUGUUCAGUGGAAUGGAGGGGAUUACUACCAGACAUGUUGUGGCUACAUUAUGGGAGAAGGCUGCUACUAGUGGAAGGAUGGGUGAUUUAGAGAGUUGGGUUCAUCCAUUUUACACCAUGGAGAGGUGGAAGCUGGUGUAUUCUUUCAAGGUUAAUCCAAUUAAUGGCCGUACUUUAUGGACAAAUAUUCAACUUGCUACAAUUAUUGUACCUCCAAAGCACCAUACACAAGUAGGAAGACCAAAGAAGUUAAGGAAAAGAUCUGUAGUUGAACUUGAAGAGUUGACCCAAUCUGGUAGGCUAUCCAAAAGGCACAGUAAGGUUGCAUGCACAAAAUGUAAGAAAACAGGGCAUAAUUCUAGGACAUGCAAAGGUCAAGGUCAAGCGGGUAAUGGUGCAAAAGUUGGGAAAGGUUGA